AUUUUAUGCAAAUGAGGUUACUCGCCGGCGACACACAGACAAAAAAUGGCGAAGACGUACGACUUUCUCUUCAAGUUGCUUUUGAUAGGAGAUUCCGGCGUAGGCAAGACAUGUGUGCUGUUUAGAUUCUCAGAAGAUGCCUUCAAUUCCACAUUUAUCUCUACAAUUGGUAUCGACUUCAAGAUUAGAACUAUAGACCUAGACGGGAAGAAGAUCAAGCUACAAAUAUGGGACACCGCCGGCCAGGAGAGGUUCCGCACCAUCACCACUGCCUACUACAGGGGAGCCAUGGGAAUCAUGCUUGUGUACGACAUCACCAACGAGAAGUCCUUCGAGAACAUCAAGAACUGGAUCCGCAAUAUCGAGGAGCAUGCCUCAGCUGACGUAGAGAAGAUGAUCCUGGGGAACAAGUGCGACAUGGAGGACAGACGGCAGGUGUCCCGCGACAGAGGGGAGAAACUGGCCAUCGAGUAUGGAGUGAAGUUUAUGGAGACCAGUGCAAAGAGCAGCAUCAACGUAGAAGAGGCCUUCUUCACUCUGGGCAGAGAUAUCAAGGCUAAGAUGGACAAGAAACUGGACUUGAACAGUCCCCAGAAGGGAGGGAAUGUCCAGGUGACAGCAGCAAAGCCACAGAAGUCCUCAAGUCCCUUCUCCGGAUGGAAGUGUCAGCUCUUGUGAUUGGCCAGCAGUAGACAAACAAGCCACCCGAUUGGUCAAUUCGAAGGACUGCUGCCUAUUAGAAGUUGUGUUGGACUGCUUUGCUACAAACAGUAGGGGUAAAUCAUUUGAUGUUAGGGUGAAAGGAAAGAUGCAGAAACAUUUUACAAGUAGAAGAUAGUUUUGAAAUAUUCAAAGACCAAGACUAGGUGCUUUUACAAAAACAAUUGCUAUUUUGAGAGAAGCGAAAUCCUAAUUAGUAGUUUAUUAGUUUCAAUUCAAAAUUAAUUACAUGACCGUACAUAGAAAUAAACGUUUGGAUGAUAUUCUGGAGACAUUUGGAUGGUUUUAAAGGUGUAAAAACUGGAAGAUUUGUACAAUGAAGAAUUGGUAGUAUUGGUGGGAAAAUGAUCCAAACUAGUUUAAAAUUAACAAACACUUGCAUAAAUGAAUUUUUCAGGAUUUUAGGGCUGUACCAUUUAAUCAUAGGGAGAGUCACGUUUCAUUUGCAUUUCUUUACACAACAAAUGUUUAAGUUGCCAUCAAGUUUAAGUGGCCUAAAUUUUCUCAUUCCCGAAGAGCACUCCCUAAAUGUAAAUGGAACAGCCCUCUAAAAUCCACUGCUGUAUUUUUGUCUGUUAAAGUAUAGCAAAGCCAACAAACAUGAAAACCAAUUUUGACAAAAUGCUUUGUUUCUCUUUUACAAGUUACUUUUCUUGAAUCACAUCACCAUAGAAAAUAUGACAUUUUCCACAAUUAUUAUAUCCAUUGAAAAGUUUGCUUUUCUUACCAAUCUGAGUUUGGGGACAUGCAACAUUCAUUAAAGCUGUUAUGGCCAAGUGUGGAAGACCAGUUUUAUCAAAUUUGUGUAUUGCUUAAUGUUUCGAAAGACUUCAACUAUGCGUAAUGCCACUAAAACACCAUAUCAUCACUUUGAACCUAAAUAAUUGCACAUGCUCAUCUGUAAAUAUAUGCCAGUCAUGUAGACUACUGACAGUACUGUUCUGUUGUUCUACUUGGUAUUAUCCUUCUUUUCCUCGGAAAUACAACAUUUCAAUGCUCCA